AUGUCUUUUGUCAAGGAGCGUGAGAACACGCUGUCAGGUGAUGAGUAUCGACUCCGCAUAAUCGAAGAAAUCAUGGAUACUGAAAAGACUUACAACGAGUCAUUAGACACGUGCAUUCAAUAUUACUAUAAACGAAUUACAGAACAGUCUCCACCCAUCAUUCCAAAGUCACAGACGGAAACCAUCUUCUUGUAUUUUGACGAAAUAGCGAACGUCAACAAAUCUUUUUAUUUAGAACUGCAAAACGCGAAGGAAAGUUCAACACUGAGCCGGUCGAUUGGAAAGAUCUUCCAAAAUUAUAUCCCAUAUUUCAGAGUCUAUUAUCAGUACUUGGGGAAUACUGGGCCUUCCCAACAAGCAGUUCAAACCAUUUCAACAUCGAAAAAAAUAGAGGACUUCCUCGACGACGUCAGACUCGCAAUCCCAAACAAAUCUAACCAACUCGACCUCCAGGGGUUUCUUAUUAUGCCCGUACAGAGACUGCCUAGGUAUACCCUUCUCCUCACAGACUUGGUGAAGAGAACACCAGAGACGUACGACGAUUAUACAAACAUCAAACAAGCCCUCACAGAAAUGAAGAAACUCACCGACUCCGCUAAUAGGGCUAUUGUCUCGACAGAGAGGAGAAGAGUCUUGUUUGCACUGGAGAAAAGAAUAUCGGGCUUCUCGGGGAAGCUUGUCGAGCCGCAAAGGUACUUCAUCAAAGAAGGAAAUCUCAGGAAGGUCUGCAGAAAGAAAAUUAAGCCAAGACACUUCAUCUUGUUUAAUGACAUCUUUCUGUAUGGGAUGGGAGACGAGGCCGCUACAAAAGUGUCACAAGUCACUGAAGUCUUUUCAGUCUUUGUCAAAGACGUUCCACAACAGAACGCAUUUGAAAUUUUGACCGAUCAGAAGAGCUUUGUGGUGUACGCGUCGAACAAAGAAGAGAAGGAAAGUUGGAUGACGGAAAUCACAAAGGCGAACGAGGAGGCGACAAGAGCACUAAAGACCAGAAACAAAAUGAAUGACUCUUUUAUCAAACCACCAUUCGUUCCGGAUAACACAGUAACACUCUGCAUGACCUGCAACACUCAGUUCGGUAUUUGGACACGACGACACCACUGCAGGUUCUGCGGGAAAUGCGUGUGCGACGGGUGCACAAAAAUGAGAGUACCUCUGCCACCACUGAUGACACUCGAAAGAGCUUGUCCAGGGUGUGUGGACAGACUCCUCCUCUCGGCACGACCAGUGGAGAAAAGGGACAAAAUCAAUUCGGAGAUAUAUGGGUCUGUUUCAGGUCUUUCAAGCACACCACCACUCGUCUAA